GCGGUUCCCUAAUUGUAUUAACUAAAUCUUUCUGAUCAGAUAGAAAGUCUAUGUUGACACGUCCAAAUUAGACAUAGCAAAUUGCAACGCCUCGAUGUGAUUCCUUGGCUUGGACUCUCUAAGCUGAGCUGGGAGAUCUGUCACUCUCCCGCAGGAUAUCCAAUGAGCAUCAAUCUCGCAGAGACUUCCUCGUUGUAAUUGGGUGAAGGAUGUGGAUAGUGUGCGCACGCGGGGCCGAACGUAAACAUUCGCGUGCUCUCAUGCUCACAGAGAGGAACUAGGAGCGCGAGUACGGUGAACGUUGCUCAUUGCGCGCGCAAUAAUAGAGUUGUGUGCAGCUGAAUGCAUCGAAGAUUAACGUGGGUAACUUGAAGAAAUAUGAGCACCGGGACUCUGUAAGACAAUGUUUUGGAGCUUCUUUGGACCAGUGAGAAGUUUACAUAGGAACAUCUGCUAACUUUCCACAUGAAGAUAAAGUUCUGGGGAUAUCGUCACAUGCCGUUUGUUUUUUAGAAUCAACUUUUUUUAUUCAUGUGGAAUGACCAUUUUUGAUAUCCUAAUUGGUGUUUAAGAAAAAAGACAUCAGGAAUGGUAUGCUGAGGAACAUUGUGAAACCAACUUCCAUGCAUAAUGUGGAAUUCUACGCUGAAGGUAUUUUCUUUCUCCUAUAAUAAAAGGAGGUUUUGAAGGAUAUAUUUUACCGUCUUUUGUGUCGCGUUGACUGUGCAGGACCAAAUCAAAAUACCAGGCAUACUUUUCCAGCUUGAAUAAUUCAUAAAGCGUGCCUUCGAGGGUUGGAUAAAAGUUACGACAAUACGGGGAGGGGGAAUAAUAAUAAGCAGAAUUGUUCAAAGUGGUGAAGGGGGAUGGCCACGGCCGCUUCAAAUCCUUACCUGGCCAGCAAUAGUAUCCUCUCAUCAGCCUCGAUCGUUCAUUCGGAGUCCGGAGGUGGUGGCAUGCAGCCGGGAAGUGCUGCCAUAACCUCGGUGUCGGGCGGCUACAGAGGAGACCCCGCGAUCAAGAUGGUGCAGAGCGACUUCAUGCAGGGAGCUAUGACGGUCAGUAACGGGGGACACAUGCUAAGCCAUGCGCAUCAGUGGGUUACUUCACUGCCGCACGCUGCUGCAGCAGCCGCCGCCGCCGCAGCUGCCGCAGCUGCUGAAGCGGGCUCCCCUUGGUCCUCCAGCCCCGUUGGAAUGGCGGGUAGUCCACAACAACAAGAUGUCAAGAAUAAUUCAAACAGGGAAGAUCUGCACUCGGGUACAGCGCUGCACCACAGACCCUCGCACCUAGGUGCUCACCAGUCCCAUCAAAGCGCGUGGGGUGGCACCACAGCCUCGCACAUCUCCACCAUCACCGGAGGGCAGCAGCAGUCCCAGCAGUCCCUCAUUUAUUCCCAGCCGGGUGGCUUCACGGUAAACGGGAUGCUGAACCCUCCAGGGAGUUUAGUCCACCCGGGGCUGAUGCGAGGAGAUUCUCCCGAUAUGGAGCACCAUCAUCACCACCAUCAUCAUCCGCAGCACCCUCACCACCAUCACCACCAGCACCACGCGGGAGUGAACAGCCACGACUCGCACUCCGACGAGGACACGCCGACCUCCGACGACCUGGAACAGUUUGCCAAACAGUUCAAGCAACGCCGAAUCAAACUGGGCUUCACCCAAGCUGAUGUCGGUUUAGCACUAGGAACUCUUUACGGAAAUGUUUUCUCCCAAACUACCAUUUGCAGGUUCGAGGCUCUGCAGCUGAGCUUUAAAAACAUGUGCAAACUCAAGCCACUGUUAAACAAGUGGCUGGAGGAGGCCGACUCCACCACGGGCAGUCCUACCAGCAUUGACAAAAUAGCAGCCCAGGGUAGAAAACGAAAGAAGCGCACCUCCAUAGAAGUAAGCGUAAAGGGGGCAUUGGAGAGCCAUUUUUUGAAAUGUCCUAAACCGUCAGCACAGGAGAUCACCUCUCUGGCAGACAACCUACAGCUGGAAAAAGAGGUCGUUCGGGUCUGGUUCUGCAACCGAAGGCAGAAGGAGAAGAGGAUGACGCCGCCCGGAAUCCCACAGACACCCGAGGACGUGUACACCCAUGCAGGCAACGUGAGUGCAGACACACCGCCUCCGUCCAUGGACUGCAAACGAGAGUUUUGUGAUAGAUUACUUAAAAGGUGCAAGUUUGAAAGAUGAACCGGACAACAACCACAACGUGACAACUACGAGCACCUAUGGCCAGGAGAUUCUGGUGCACUGACAACGAAAUCGUGACAAACCCGAAGCCAACAAAGACUUUAUGGAUCCCCUUUAAGGGAAAUUAUACAAGAACUCCCAAGGACAUGGAUCAAUGCAAGCAAACAUUAAAUAUUAAACAGUGGAAGAAUUUACCCAGGACAUGUAUCAGUUUUACGCACAGGAAUUAUAUUACUCAUUUUAACAGAAAGGAUUUGUCUUGUCUAUACUCUUGGAGCAUUAUUAUGUGCAACAGACUACACCUUUUGUAUCUUAUAGUAUUUUUGUGAACCACACUUCUGUGAAUAGCCUUUACACAGAGAAAACUCUUAAGAAAAAAUAGGAAAAAGAAAAAAGAUUGGUUACUCUCAAGCUGCACUUAUUUUCCAAUUUCAGCCUACCCCGUUAACACUUUUUUGUUGUUGUUGUUUGGCUGAAUUAUCGUGGAUAUUGCCCUCUCUUAACUGCUUUUUCUAGGCAGGCAUUUUUGGUGGGUUUUGAUAACACGUCUGUGUAAAUUUGGCAAUAUAAAUUCUCUGUGUUGAUUUAAAUGAUUUGCUUUAUAUUUUUCACUAAGAAACAAUCUCUCAGAUAUUUUCAUGAGCAAUGACAGAUUUGUUGCGCGCUGUGAUGACUUUCAACCUAUAGUAGCAUCUCUUGUAGGCCUUCCCCUCUGCCAUUUUAAAUAUUGAUUAUAUUUUAUACUGUUAGUAUCACACUUGUUAUUAUAUACAGAUAUUGUACACAAACGCAUUGACAAAGUUGAAGCAACCCGUUGUCAAACCGUUUCCCCCGUUGUUGUUAUUUAAGUUCAGUACUGACUCAGCGAGAGGUGAAUGAGAAUAAUAAAUCUGAUAGCUCUCGGA